UUCUAUAACUCCUUCUCUUCUUUUGUCUUUUACUCGAUUGUCAUAUCUGUGAGAUCUUGUUGAGGUGGAGAAAGCUGUGUGUGAGAAUAUAUUUUCUUCUUCACUAAGUUAGGGAUAAGAAGGAACCCUAAAUUAUCAGCUGGUGAGAUCUUUCAGCUUUGGCUUUUGUGGUUGAUUCAAGACAGCAAAUGGAUCAGUUACGUGGUUACAAACCCAACUGUCGAUUCUCACUUGGGAGACCCAGGUUUGGAUCUAUCAAGUUUAAAGUUCCAAACUCAUCAUCACAGCCUUUCAUUUCUGAACAAAGAAGACAGAUAGAAGAAGAAGAUCAAGAAGAAGCUAGAAGCAUCGGUUUCAGGGAAGAAGAUGAGGAUGAUGGAGCUAAGAGUAUUGAUCUAGAAGGAGAAGAGAAGAAGCAUGUAUGUUGUGAAUGUGGUAAACGUUUCAAGUCAGGCAAGGCGUUAGGUGGUCACAAAAGGAUCCAUGUGGUCGAAACUCGCAAGUUCUCAACGGCGAGACCGAAGAUGGUGUCGUCUGGUGCGGUUGCGGUUGGUAGAUCUGAGACGACUGAGAGAGAUGAUUUCGAAGUUGAUUGCUGUGUUUGUCAUAAGAAGUUCACAUCGAUGAAGGCUUUGUAUGGACACAUGAGGUUUCAUCCAGACAGAGGAUGGAAAGGUGUUUUGCCUCCUCAUCAUCCACUUGGGGAUGAUCAUGAUGGUGAGUUUAUAACAUCUGAUUAUGAUAAUGAUGAUGGUGAUUAUGAUUAUCAUGAGGAUGAUGAUGAGAACUCGGAGUUAUGGGAUAAUCAUUGGGGAUUGGAUAACGUGGUUGACCUUAAGGACUCGAUCAAAGAAGGAUGGGCGGUGACAGGGAAGAGAGGAAGGAGAAGUGCUUUGAAGGAUCCACCAUCUGAAGAUGUUGAUGCUAAGGAUCUCUUGUUCUUAGCUACUACCGCAGAAGCUGUUGAUCUCGAUGCUGCAGAGACUUGUGAUUCGCGUUCCGUUGAAGAGAUGAUGAAGAGGAGGAGAAAGAAGAAGAAACGUUUGUCUGAGAUGGAGAAAGAGUCAUCAUCUAGUCAUGAUCAUCAUCAUCAGCUCGAGGUUGGUGGUGCAGCUGGAGAAGGUGGUGGUGCACGUGAGAAGCACGUGUGUGUGACUUGCAACAAGUCGUUCGCUUCUUAUCAAGCUUUAGGAGGUCACAGAGCGAGUCACAACAAGGUCAAGAUUUCGGAGAUGAAUCAUCAAGCUAGGGCAAACGGUGAAGCUUUGUUACUUGGGACCGAAGCAAUGAUAACCGGUUUAGCUAGUGCUCAAGGACCAAACACUUCUUUGAGCAUCAGCAAUAAGGGAGAUCAUGUUUGUAACAUUUGUCAGAGAAGUUUCUCAACAGGUCAAGCUCUUGGAGGUCACAAGAGAUGCCACUGGCCUGGACCAGCUUCUAAUGAGGCUGCAACCGCUCCUGGACCAGUUUCUAGUGAGGCUGCAACCGCUGCUCCAACCGCUCCAGAAGCAGGUUCUUCUAGUCAAGUAGUAGAGACAGUGCAAGAGGAGAAGAAAUUGAAGAGAAAGUUUCUAGAGUUUGACUUGAAUGAGUUGCCACCUAACGAAGAGUAAGGAGUGCAAGAAACGUAUAUAUGCAGACAAGUAAGCUUAUUUAAUUUAUAAACUCCAAAAAGAAAAGUAGGAGGAAAAAGAAUCUGAAUUUAGGGAGUAAUCAUGGUAAAAAGAGUUGUUGACAUUGUAAUCUAAGAAAAGAGAGAAAGAUACUUUUGGUUCUUGGAUCUUGAGAUUCUUGGUGUUUGGCUUUUUAAUCUAAUUUGGUGGGGUCUAAUGUUAAUUUGAUUUGAGGAUAUACAUACUCUCUUGUAUU